AUGAGCCUGCCACCUUAACAGCAAGAUCUAUUUAAAAACGGGCAUUAAAGAUGGACUUCAUAUAUAGCUGACUAGAAUUUCUCAUAAAAUUAAAGUAUCAACGGAGCGAUGAGCUUUGCUAAUUCGCAAUAGACCAAAUAAAAUAAUUAGAUUUUAGCAUCAUUUUAAAAUCCUCCAACAACAGCAUCCACAACUCAUAUCCACCAUACUUAGCAAGCAGUUACAUAGCAAUAACUAUAACAGCAAUAAUAGCAGCAACAAUAAGCAGUAGCGGUAGUAUCAGUCCCAACACAGCUGCAGCAAGUAUCCUAGUCUUCAUCUUAAGCACCACACACUGCCCUCAUCAUGGGAUAGGUCAAUUAGCCUCCAUAGAAUGCUCUUCCACUCGGAUAGUACGACAAAAAUUCAUAAAACAAGUUCUAUUCUGGGACUUUUCAGCCUAUCCAAAGAAACGGAUAAUAUAAUUAUCCUGUUUAAUUGAUUGCGUCUCAAGCAGGAUCUUAAGCUUAACAAGUCUAGCCACCAUAUCCUAACAGCGCUGCCCAGUCUCUCUCUUCUUCUUAGCACUAAAUAUUAAAUCAGUAAUAGUCUAGUUAAAAUCCCUCUUAAUAGCAAAACUUAGCAGGAGUUAACUCAUAGAAUUCAGCAUCGUCUACUGGUUCUUCUACUUCAUAAACUUUAAACAAUUCUUAAAACUAGGGAUAGCAAGGCUAAUAAGCUUAGAGUACUUAGAAUAAUAGUUCUUCUUUAUAAUAAUAGAAUAAAAAUUUGUUAAAUGUGAAUGGUAAUCUUGUAGGUACUUCAAGCGGAAAUGCAAACAUUUCAAAUUAAUUAGGCAGUUCUAGCAACAAUACUAAUAGCAAUACAAAUGGCUCUAUCAAUAACGCAAAUUGUAGUAAUUAGACUAAUAGUAAUAGCAAUUAAACAAAUGGAUAAAGUAAUAUGAAUGGAAGCAACCACAAUAGCAAUACGAAUGGAGGAUUACCAAAAGGAAACACAAGCAAUAGCAGCAAUAGCAACAACAAUAGCAGUAAUAAUAACAAUAACAACAAUAGCAGUAAUAAUAACAAUAACAACAAUAAUAAUAACAGCAACAAUAACAAUAAUAGUAGAGACAGCAUCUCAUCUAAUGGUCAAAUUUAUCAUAGAAUGGGAGAUGUAAAUCUUUGCAAAUAAAAUCUCUGUUGCAUGGUUUGUGAAAAGAAUAUUUGUGAUGAUUGCCAAGAUCACAUGAAAGAUCAUUAUGCAUUGAAUAUCGAUAAAUUAUUUGAACAAUCUUUUGCAAAUUAAAUUAGCUCCACCCAAAAAUCAUAUCAAUCAUGCUUAGACAGUCUUGAAAAAAAUGAAAAGACAUUUAUAAAAUUUUAAGAAGCAAUUCAUGAACUAAUAGAUAAUGCUUACCAUAAUUAUAAAAUAGCAGAAGCUUACAAUAACAAGGACUAUAAACUCUUUGGAUAAAUUUUUAGAAAGCACUAUUAAAUUACAUCAACUUAAGAAAAUCCUUCAACUUUAUCCUACUAGGAGAAACCCGAAAGUUCUGUUAAUUAAAAAGAUAUCAUAAGCAAACAAUUCGAAAAAAAUUAUGAAAAGCUUUAUAACUUUAUCUUAAUCAUGAACUAAAUUACAAUCGAUGAAAUUACUUAGCAUUUAGGUUAAUAAACUACUUAAUAAUCAGUACCUAUUUUUAAUGUAAUUGGUUCUAAUAUUGCUUCUAAUUAAAAUACUUUAAAUUAACUACAAUAACCUAACUAAGCGAUUUCUACAUAACCUACAGUCUAAUAAUCUGGAGGCCAAUUGUAAAUUAAUUAGAUGAAUGGAAAUACCCCAUAACAAAUCCACUUACCAGGUCCUCCACCCUUAGCAUAACAUCAAGCAUAAGGUCAUCCAAUUCAAAAUUAUUAAUAUAUUGGAACUUAAUUUAUUGACCCCCAUCUCAAUUUUCCUUAGGGAGGAACUCACCCCUAAGGUUUUUAUAUUCACAACCCUCACGUAAGAUAUCCACCAAGUAUUCCUAUGCAUAAUUAGCACUUAAAAGUUGCUCCUGGUCCUGCUAACAAUUAUUUAAUCCAUUAAAUACCAUAAAACGGAGGCUUGAAUAAACCAAAUACCUACCAAAAGCAAGAUUUUAAUAGUUGUAUUGACUAAGGCCCUACAAAAAAGAUACAAACAAAUCCUAAAUAAAAACCUAAUGUUAGUAAUAGCUAAUCAAAUGUUUACAAUUCCACAUAAAACUCAAUGCUUUCACUAAAUAAUUACUCUUCUCAUUCUAAAUAAGGUUAAUAAUACCUAAACAAUUCCUCUACAGGCAUGGCUUAGUCUCAGCUCUCUUCUGAGGAUAGUUUACCUACCUAAAAUGAAGGAUAGAUGGCAAAUAAUUAAGUAGGAGAACCUAUGAUAAGUGAAAAUUAAAAUAAAUUACUAUCUUCUGAUAUAAUUCACACAAAAUAGGAAGCCAUAGAACUUAACUCCAAAACUUCAUCACAUUCUAAUUUACCUCUAAUAUAAAACUUAUCCUAGCAAGGCUUAAAUACUACAUCUAAGCAAUCAGCCUAAUAAUAACUAGAUAAUUCUCAGCGCCUACAAAAUACCUCACCAUAAUAUUCAAACAAUUGCUCAAAUCCAUAAAACAAUAAUAGCAACGGUAAAGUGAUGGUUAGUCUUACAGCCUCUUAUUUACCCCCUGAAGAAAACCAAGAAUAACAAUAACAUAAAUCCAAGGCACCAAAAAAACAUCACUCAGAUGAAACAAAAUUAAUGGCAUACAUAGAAUGCAGUCGAGGAGUUUAAAUUAAAGAUUUAGCAAAAAAAUACUCAGUUGUUGAAGGAACUAUCAAAAAAUGGCUUAAUGAUAUUAGUAAUAAUAAAAUUACGUUUAAUCAACAUUAGCUAAAUUAAUAAGGGAUAACAUCUUUACCUCUUCUCUAAUCAUAGCAAUCUUCAACUGCUGUAACUACAAUGACUUCUGUUUCACCUAUUUUAUCAGCAGUACCUCCAACACCAUCUUCUAACAACUAAAUAAUAAACUAAAAAAUCGAAAACUUAAAUAGUUAUGACAACGAAGCCAACUAAAAUAGCAAUUCUUAGAGUUAAUAGGAAAAUGAAAUGGAUUAAAAUGAAGAACAAAGCGAUGAAAGAGAUUAGUAUGAUUAACAACUAGAGAAGGAGCAACAUCAAGAAACAAAAUUAUAAAAGUAACCAGUAAUAUAAAAAAUAGAGAACUUAGAUGUCAUAGAUAAUGAUUUAGCAUAGAAUAGCUAGACAGAAAGCAAAGAAUCUGUUGAAAAAUAAAGCGAAAUGAAAUUGAUUUGUUUUAGGAUGUUGAAGAAUAGCAAUUUCCCAGAAAUUCCUUUGGAAACAACUAUCUUUGCUCUUUCUAAAGAUAACAUUUUGCAAAUUAAAUAUAUGCCAGGUGGCGAAUAAUAGGAUAAAUUGAUUUGCUAGGAGCAUUUUAAUAAAAGAAUAAAAGAAUUGAAGUUUUAAAUAAUCAAGUAGGAAUCUAUAAUUUUUAUUCACUUGGAAGACGACUCUCUAUAUAUGUGGAGAUGGUAAUUGAAAGAGAUCUACUAGUUAAUCUAAAGAAAAGUUUAAAACUUUGAUGUUUUUGUGUAUUUUGGACAUCUUUUUGUAAUUGUCUAAAAGGGAGAUAUGCACAUUUAAGUCUAUACUAUGGACAAUAAACUAAUAUCAAAUAUUUCAAAUGUUCGACCAAAAGAAGACUGCUUUGGAGAAAACUACACUAUUAAUAACUUAGUAGGUUGGGGAAGCGAAGAGAAUAAAUAGUGGUACAUUUGUUGCAAUAGUGGAAAUUACUUUUGGGCAUAUUCACUAGAAAUUAAUGAACAAUCCUUGUAGACUUUCUUUUAGAAUCAAGCACCUUUAAAUGAUUUCAAGAUUAUCUAUGAGGCUUUUACAGAAGAUUGCUAAGAAAUCUUUAAGAUGAGACUUCAUAAAAACUAGUUAACAUAACAAGAAGUUAUAGGAGCUAGCGACUCUGGAUUACUAUAUAUUUUUGAUAUUUUGAAGGGUCGUCAAAGCUACUUUAAAAUGAAGAGUUAGGGAGAGAAGUAAAUGCUAGAUAUAUAAGUCUUCCACCCGUACAAUUAAAAUCAUGAUGAAUUAUAAUCAAACGAGUAAAAAGAGCAAGAUGAGCCUAAGAUUAUUUUAUGCUACGACAGUUUUAUUCGUAUCCGUAAAUAUAAAAAAUUAUAAUUCCCACAAGGAAUGAGAUGCGCUACAUUAGAGGUAAAAACAUAAGAAAUAAUAAUUUAUUAUGUUUAAAGUACACAAGACUAAAUUCUUAAGCACACCUUGAAUUCUUGA